AAACGAGACCGCGUUUGGACCGCACGCGUUUUUUCGCUUACAUUAAAAACGUUAUCAAAACUUCAAUUAAUUUUCAAUUAACUUAAAAAACACUCAGCUAUCUGUGUUACAUUUAAACCGUGUUUAGUAUUAUAUGUGUGCAACAUUGUCGUCCAGGAUUUUGUUUUAUAAUUUAUUGGCGAGCCAUGCGGACAUCACUAUCAGUACAUGCGAGAUCAACGGAGAGAACGCAUCUCUCAAACUAAGAUAUCUAAUCCGAUAAAGAAAUAAUCAACGUUCAAGUGAAAAUUAGAUCGAACGAGAGACGAAACAUUCGUCGGCCAUUUUGUGAUAUUGAAACUUGAAGUGGUUCGUGUUCGAUUUUCAAAAAUUACAAUAAUCCGAUCGUAGCGAUCCAUUGUUAAUUUCGUGCCGCGUUUAAACGCGUCGCUACUUUAAAGACUAGUGAAGUGAAGUGGUGUAGUAAACUUUUAAAGAUGGCAACUACGGGCAGUGAGAUGUGGCUGCAGUGGUUUGCUUGCUGCUACCAGCCAGCUGCGCAAGCACAGCGUACCCGGCGGAGAAUAGACAGAUCUAUGAUUAGUGCACCAACCAAUUUCCAACACACAGGACACAUCGGAUCAACCGACGUGGACAUGCCCUCAUCGCUGCUUCACUCCAUACAGAACCAGAUGCAAAGUAAGGGAGGUUACGAAAUGGCAUAUGGUGUUAAGGUUUAUUGAGCGAAGGCGGCUUUAUCAGAGACGUUUGUGACAAAACAGAGUGAAAAUAUUCUAAUAUGAUCUUAAUAUGUAUUUAUUAAAGAAACCUUUAGUUUUAAGAUUAGAUAGUUAUGUUUUGUUGUGUAUAGAGAAUAACACCGGAGACGAAAAUGUAUGAGUUACCUAAAUUUAGACGAUGCACACACAUAGCGAUUAUAUAUUUUGUACCAAAUAAGUAUAAUAAGUCAUUUACUAUUUGAAAAAGCAAAUUGUCUUAACACAAUCUUAUAAUUUAACAAAAUUUGUAUAAUCACCCCGUUUCUGAAAUGUAAAUUAAAAAGAAUUUUUGUCCUUAUAUAUUUCUACCUAAGCCAAAAUUAAAAAAAAAAAAGUAUCAAAACGAAUACUUUAAUUGGG